CAUUAUUUCAUUUCCUCUAUACCAAUGCAUCGUUCCAUUUUCCAUAAGUGUCAGUGUCAUCAUUUAUCAAUUAUCAUUUGAUUAUUAUAUUUUACAAUAUAAUAUGUGCUUAAGAAAAGUUAAAACCAAUUCCUGCUAGGGACGAUGAACCAAUAGACCGCAGUUUUGCAAUCGAACUUGUGCAUUACAUGCAUUGAAACGCCAUGUCAAUCCAUACAUAAUAUUUUGCUUUGUAAACGGUUUUAAGUUGAAAUACAUAUACAUAAAUAGUGUUAAAUAUAAACACAUACAGAACAUACAAUCGCAUCUAUAUUGCACGCAUCGAAUAACACAAAAAAAGUGAUUUAACAAUGCGCGAAUUUAAAGUUGUUGUGCUCGGGUCUGGGGGUGUUGGUAAAUCGGCCCUCACGGUGCAAUUCGUCUCGGGAUGCUUUAUUGAAAAGUAUGAUCCGACAAUUGAGGACUUCUACCGCAAGGAAAUAGAGGUGGACAGCUCGCCAUGUGUUUUGGAAAUUUUGGAUACUGCGGGAACAGAGCAAUUCGCAUCCAUGAGAGAUCUCUAUAUCAAAAAUGGUCAUGGUUUUAUUGUAAUGUAUUCACUUACGAACCAUCAAACAUUUCAGGAUAUUUCUAGUAUGAAAAAUGUGAUCACUCGAGUUAAGGGAAGUCAGCCAGCACCCAUCCUACUAGUCGCAAACAAAUUCGAUUUAGAUUGCCAAAGAGAGGUAUCCACCGCUGAAGGUAAGCAUCAUUUAAUAGCCCUAAAAUAUCAAGAUAAGCUUGCUUACACUCAUGAUUUUAAUAUUUGUUCUUUUAAAGGUAAUGCCUUGGCACAACUGUGGGACUGUCCAUUUAUUGAAGCAUCAGCAAAGGAUCGGAUAAACGUUAACGAAGUAUUCGCCACCAUCGUUCGCGAGAUGAAUUUGACACAAGAAAAUCGGCAAAAAAAAAAUUACUGUUGUUGUACGCUUUUAUAGAAAUUUUGUAAAAUUGUAAGAUUAUUAUAGUUAAAAAAUAAAAUUACUAAUAUUUAAUAGAUAACGAA